UCAUCGUACUCGCACAGCAAGGAAGCUCGAUUAGCUGCUCUAGGAUCAGUAGGACUGCAGUGUUUUGUAUCGGGAGGGAAUGGAAAACAAGAAAUUUAAGAUUAACCUGGACGAUUCUGCUUUUAACAAAGAGAGAAACCCGGUCAGCAAACCUGUUACUUCUCUUUUCAAGCCCUCAUCUAAAGGAGUUCAAGGCGAGACCUCGUCUGCACAGACUGCACCACAAACCACUGGCCAGCCUUUAUCAUACGCAGAGUUUAUUGUCCAGAGCAGGAGCAGAGGUGCCCAGACAGCUGCCCCUGGACUAGAGACUCAGGAUGGGUGCAGAGAUUUGGGUUCCAGCCGUGAAUCAGUUACUAAACCAUCAGCACAUCCUGGAAAACCUCCAGCUGGAAGAAGUGAGAAGGAGGUUUCAGAACCACCAGCAGCAUCAGUGACACCAGCAGCAGCACCAGACCCCACUGUAGUUUCAGAGAGGCAGGAGGAGGAUUUAUCUGAAGAGAAGAGAAAGGAAGAAGGUCAAAAUGCACAGCUUACUGUUACCCCACAUCAGCUGGGGUCAGGAAACAGCAUUAUCGUCAGCCCACGACAGAGAGGAAACCCUAUCCUGAAGUUUGUCAGGAGUGUUCCAUGGGAGUUUGCAGAAGUGGUGCCUGACUAUGUUUUGGGGCGAACAACAUGUGCACUCUUUCUCAGUCUGCGGUAUCACAACCUGAACCCAAACUACAUCCAUGAGCGGCUGAAGCAGUUGGGACAGACCUUCACCCUUCGAGUGCUGCUCGUGCAGGUCGACGUGAAAGACCCCCAUCAUGCUCUGAAGGAACUGGCUCGUAUCUGCAUCAUGGCUGACUGCACGCUCAUCUUGGCCUGGAGCCCUGAGGAAGCUGGUCGUUACUUGGAGACGUAUAAAUCCUAUGAGAAGAAGCCUGCAGAUCUUCUUAAAGAGCAAGUAGAGAAAGAUUACCUCUCUAAGGUUACAGAUUGCUUGACUACAGUGAAAUCUGUUAAUAAAACCGAUGCCAUCACACUGUUGUCUGCGUUCUCUUCUCUGGAGGGCAUCAUUAAUGCAUCAAAAGAAGAGCUGGUGCUGUGUCCUGGACUCGGUCCUCAGAAGGCAAAAAGACUGCAUGAUGUUCUUCACCAGCCGUUUCUGAAGUCCAAAAAGAAAGACAGCUGACAAGAACCGACCUGGAUUCCUAUUAGAAAAUCUCUCAUCUGAACUCUCUAUUAGAUCCAGAAUUAAGUAUGAAUAUUAAAAGUGUGUGUAUAUAUAUAUAUCUUUACAUCAGCACACGCCAGGACCCCACAAACACCCACAGCUUCAGAAAACAGAGAUAACAGCUCAGUCUGAGAUCUGUGGCUUACUAUGGCAACUUUUAAUUCUCUUCAGUGAAGGGAUCUGAUUGUCAGAGUGUCUUUAAUUUUAAAUCAUGCCUGUAAAAAAGUAUUUUUUUUAAAUAUUCUGUGUAUCUGUUGUUUGUUACAAUAAAUAAUGUAUUUUUUUAUUGACA